AACCCUUGUAUCGAUUGAUAGAAAUUGAGGCAAUCAAAUAGUCAAUUUAUUUAUUAUAACAACCGUAAAGAGAGGGGAAAAAAAGGAGCGAAAUUAUAGUGGUACGAAUAUUACUUCCGGGAUGAAAAUCUGUAUGAAUGUCUUAAAGGGUGUAGGCAUGGAACCAGGCGUAGAAUUCAAUAGUGGAGAUUGGGAUGAGAAGGAUGGGGUUUCUACCAUGCAUUUAUCGUACCUGCUCCAAACACUCCUGCCGUUACACACAGUCAAAUGGGACACGACUAAAAGACAUUACGAGAACAUAAAGUCAAAUUUGGUAUGCUCGAUGGAUGAAACCCUGGAUAUUAUCGUAUCUGGGAGUAUGUCGGAAGGAUACAGCAUACCACCGUACAUUGUUAGGACGGAGUCUAUUGGAACCAAGCCGGAAGUCGAUGUGCUCUCUGAUGUAGAUACGCUUUGGGUAAGCUCAAGGCUUAAAGUGUCUACUAAAGAACUCAGUGACUUUGAAACGUCCGGUUAUAAAGCAUACUUCGAGUACAUAGAAAACUGUCCUGGUUAUGUACGUUUAUGCAUCCCAUCGCCGAAAGAGAAUGAUGAAACGUUUGUAUUUGAUGAACAAUCUGAAAAGUAUUACCUGAGCGGUACCAAAUGGACUUGUAAGUUGUUUGCAGCUUUAUCAAAGAAUGAUGACGUUACUCAGCAAGGACCGGCCAUAUCAAUGAUAGAUGACCUUCCUGCCGGUGAUCUGUUUCAUGUAAGAGAUGGAAUAUCUAAAGAUCUAGUAUUGGCCUUACCAUGUUACCCAUGGCCUGAGGUGGCUGAUGCAUGGAAGGAGAGGGUAAGGGAGUCACAAUGGAUACGCCAAGAGAUUAUUGAAUCGAUUAUUAAAGAUGGCUGCCAUGUUGUCGCCGUAUCCUCAAAACAGAGUAAACAUCCUGAUCUAGAAUGGCGAUUGUCGUUCUCCGCAUCUGAAGGAAAGUUCGCGCGAGAGGCUGUCACCGAUUAUCAAAGGCAAUGUUUUAUCUACGUCAAGAUUCUGCACCAUCAGAAAAUUAAGCCGAUAGGUAUCUUGUCUUCGUACGUGUUUAAAUCGGUGUUCUUACAUUGCUGUGAACGUCUUCCUGUAUCCCACUGGAAGGACUAUCCCGGAAGUUGCAUUCUGUACCUACUCGACGUAGUACUGGAUUGUCUCAAAAAGAAACAUGUACCAACGUAUUUCUUACCAGAAAACAAUUUGAUUGGCCAUCUUAACGAUGCUGACAUCGAUAAAGUUAUUGCCUCUAUUGAAUCUGUCAGAAGGGAUCCGAUAACACCCAUUCUAGAGUUCACAGAUAAUCGUGUAUUCUCUCACCAUUGUGUUUAUUUCACAUUCAGGGAAAUGGUUGAGCCUCUACUACAAGACGCGGAUGAAUAUAAAGAACAUAGAAACAAAGAAAUGUCAGUCCUGAAGGGGAUCGUUGCAACUUGCUACAGAAUUUGCUUCUUCUUAAUUGCAGAAAAGUCGACGAAUCCUGAUGUAGAAUUGUUUAAACACCAACAUGGAAUACGUUGUCUUAUUGACGUGUAUACCCUCUGGCUAAAACCAAUGGGUUUGAAUGCAACAUUGGUAGAGUAUGUGGAUAAAGCCGGACUUGCAUUAACAGAGCCACAGUCGCGGCUGAACUUCUUUAUAGCUGUUGUUAGUUUAGAAAAACAUGGAUAUCCAGAAUUUGCCGAUUUGAAACUGCGACUCGCUCGCUUGUAUCAUAGGUUUGCUUGCUCAGAAGAGGUGGUAUUGGGAAGGAAAAUGGACUUCUUUGCAAAAGCUGUACUUCUCUAUGAAUGUGUCUAUAAAUAUGAUAAGGGCUGCAUUAUCGAUUAUUCUUUGGCACUCUUCGAACAAAAACGACUUUCCGAAGCACAAGAGAUACUCGAGAAAUUCGUACGUGAACACAUGGAAGCAGAGCCAUUUGUCCAGAUCAGUUUUGAUAUCAGCGAUAAAGGGUGUCUUGUCGGACAACUGAAGUCAUACGUUGAGUCCAAUGGAAGCAUUACAUGUGAUGUUCUGUCGUUUGCAUUAUAUUCACUUGUUUUCUGUUUGUCUUCAAGUGACAAUUCAGAUUCAUCACAAGAUUUACAAGCUGUUGUAGAGAAAUUUGAAGCGUAUUCCAACAAAAGACAAGAUACAAACACUCAGCGCUUACUUAACUUUGCCAAAUCCCUUGCAAAGGAAAAGAAAGAUCAUGUGACCUAUUUCAGCGCCAUUUACAACUCCUGCUUUAUAUUGUAACAUUACCAUUUUAUAUACUUAAAGCGUGUCAUGCUAACUCUCUGUGCCUGCUGAUGAGUGUCAAAAAUUAUGACAAAUGGAGAAAUACCUCAUUAUAAACAAUGUAUCUGUUUUCAACAACAUUUCAAGAACUCGCUGUAUAUGAAACAUCUUCAAAUCGAUAUGCGAUUAUUUACUAAAUAAUUAAAAUGUAUCAAUAUGUUAAA